GAAUAUGACAAAUUUAAUCACGAUAUUAUCUUAAUAAUAAUGUUAACUAGAAAAAUUUUUCGUAUUAGGCAUUUCGAAAAAUAAAGAAUGAUCUAUGUAUAGAUUACGUCACGUGACUACUCUCGUCUUGAGAAAUUUUAGAUUGGUAAUUUUAGUUUCGAACAGAACCGCGUCGUGAUCGUUUCAUAAAAAUUAUUUUUUAUUGAUAUUUUUUUGUGCAAUCUAGUUUGCAUUAAAACGAUUGAAAAAAAGGGAUGAAGAAAAAUACCUGAUUGGAAAGAAUUAGUAAAUAACUUUAAGAUUAAAAAAUUAAUAACGAAUUAAGAAAAGAAAGAGCUUGCAAAAGAUCCUAUUAAUAAUUAAAAGAAGACAGCAAGAUUGAGAUUAAAUGAUAUCAUUAAAAAGAAAUUCUUAUAUUUAUAAAUCAUAUAUAAUUAAAAAAAAAUUUCUUUAACAACACUUUACAUUAUUUGAUGAAACAAAUUCUCUGUAAAAGUCUAUUAAAAUUUCUAUGUUGCAUUAUAUUUGAAUAGAAAAAUUAAGAUUGGUGAAAGAAAUCAUAGAACUUUUUAAAGGAUUAGUUACAUAAAUUGAUCUAGGUUCAAAGUUAUUGAAGAUUAUGUCGAGGUCAAAACAAUUGGAUAGCAGUUGGACUCCUUCUGAAGAAUAUGAUUCUUCAGGAACAUCAAAUUCUGAACAAGGAGAAGAUGAGUUUGCAAAUAUUGGCUUUGUUGAGCAUCAAAUACAUGAAUCUGGCAAUUGUUUUUGCCAGAGUUGUCCAUUAGGUAAUGCUAAAGUGGUUAAUCUGAGGGGAAGUGUACCUAAUCUCUGUGCAUCCACAAAUUUAACACAUAUUGGGACUUUUCCACCUUUAUGUUCUGCAGUAUAUAAUAUGAGCAUUUGUUCAAAAACCAAUAACUGUCAAGGCAAUAAAGAGUGUAAAGGAAAUCGAAGCAAUCAAUCGUUAGAAUUAGGAAAGAAACGACGAUUGAGGAAUAGAAUAGUACAUGAACAAAGAAUUAAAUCACAAUCAGAUCUUCUUUUAAGAAGAAAAGACUUUCCUUAUUGUUGCUCUCUACAACACUUUCAAGCUGUACAAAAAUGGAACGAGUGUCAGGCAAAAACUGAGGAACGUUUAAAAAAAUUAGAAAAUGAACGUGGCACAUUACGUAUGGAAGUGUCAGUUUUGUCAGAUCAGGUAGAUGCACAAUCUAACAAAAUUCAAGAAUUGGAAAAUAUGCUUAGAGAGAAGAAGGAGUCACUCAGAAGAAUGGAAGAAGCAUUACAAAAAGAAGUACUGUCAAGAAGUGCUUUGGAAACACAGAAAUUAGAGCUCUUGAGUUCUUUAUCAGAAAUGAAGCUUAAACAAGCAAGUUUAGAGCAUGAAAAUCUUGCACUCCGUAGUACAAGUCCUGUAUCAAAUGGAGAAAAAUUUGGGAGGCAUACCAGCCAAUAUAGUAGUCUUCCUAGGCCACCGAGUUCUUCAAAGAAAGGUGUAGUGUUCGGUAAGGUACCCAGUUUAGUUUCUGGAGUACACACAACAGUACCAUUCGCCGUUAAAGGAGCCUCCGCGAGAUGCCUGUCUGCGCCUACUCUAGCUGAAGAGGAGAAAACAAUCAUAGGAGAUACAAAUUCUCAAAUAGAGUCGAUUCAGAAACCUCUGGUAGAACUUUCAAUGGAAGAAAUUGGAGAUUGGCUUGCAAAUUUAGGAUUAGAAUGUUACGCGGGUGAAUUGAGGCGAUGGGGUGCUACUGGAACAAAAUUGUUAGAAUGCUCGCAGCAACAAUUAGAAAAGGAAUUAGAAAUUAAAAAUGUUCUUCAUAGGAAGAAAUUAUUGUAUGCGGUAGAAUCAGAAAAAGGUGGUGGAGCUGAAUUUUUUGGAUCAGAUAAGAUGGAUAAUGCAGCAGUUUUGCGAUGGCUGGAUGAUAUUGGGUUACCACAACAUAAAGAAGCUUUUCAAAAUGGUAAAGUUGAUGGCAGAAUGUUACACAGACUCACCACUGAAGACCUUUUAAAUCUUGGAGUUACUGCACAGUUACAUGCUGCAAGUCUUAGACGGGGAAUUCAGAUUUUACGAGAACUAAAUUUUGAAUUUGAUAACCUUGAAAGAAGAUCUACAAAUGGUAAUGGAGCAGAGGGUGGUAAUGUUCAUCUGUGGACAAAUCAUCGAGUAAUGGAAUGGCUUAGGGUAGUUGAUUUAGCAGAAUAUGCACCAAAUAUGAGAGGAUCCGGAGUACAUGGAGGUUUAAUGAUGUACGAAGGCAGAUUUACUUCAGAAUUACUGGCCACAUUACUUAGUAUUUCUCCAGGAAAAACUCUUCUUCGUAGACAUUUAACUACACAUUUCAAUCAAAUUCUUGGAAGAGAAGUUGUACAAAGGAAAAGAGAAAUUGAGAGUAGCCUUGGAUUCGUUCCACUUACGCUUACUGCUCGUUUAAAGGUACCCAAGAAAUCUCAGUUUACUUUAAAACGCAAAAAAAGCAAGAACGAAGCAGAUUAUGGUAAUUUGGUCUGUCCUUUGGAUGCUUCACCACCAGGUACUCCAUCAACUCCUACUUCGACACCAGGCAGCCCUAACUUGAAUUCACCUACAUUCUAACAAUAGUCACAGAUCACAAUCUCAGCCAGGAGAUAAUAGACAGAGAAGAGUUAUUGGUUGCAUCUGACAAAAGUAAUUAUGCCUGUAAAUAAGAAAAAUGUUUUAGGGACCAUUGUUUCAUCUUCUUAGACUAAGUCUUACUAUUUAAUCUUGUAUAACAAAAAUCUUUUUUAAAAAAUUAAAUAGACUAUUGUCUUAAUAGAAAUGAUUUUUCUAGAAAAA